AUGGCAUCAGCGAAUACAGUUGAGACAGCUCUGGGCCGGCUGGGCAACAAGCCGGUCUACUUUGCAGAUUGCUGUGCCGGCAUAUCGUGGCUUCUGCUUGAGUCACUGGCCGCACGUUUGCCUCCAGCUCCUGCGCUCGUGUUGUCAAUUGGGUCUGGAAGUGGCCUGCUGGAAGGCAUUUUGCUACGUGCGACCGACGAGGUUGUCAACAUAUAUGGCGUUGAGGUCGGUUCGUGUCAGAACAAGCAUCUGCCAUUAGAACGCAUCCUCAGAGUGCCAUGCACGGCCUCUGUACAUACAGAUGCUAUGCUUGCCUCGACAUUACUAUUUGUCUACCCACGCAAAGUUGAAUUGAUACGUAAUUAUAUCGACAGCUUUCGAGAUGGCGCAGUUGAGCAGGUAGUGUGGUAUGGGCACAAGAGUGAUUGGCCUGAGGUCAAGAAAGAACUCUCCCCCUUUCUUUUCACUAUUGAGACUAUUGGAGAGCCCGAUAUAGCGGAUCAUGAGAUUCUGGUCGUGGCCACGUUCACCAGCAUGGGUGGCUUCCUGCAAAGAUGGGUGCUCAUCAACACCACUUCCUGCAACUUCGAACCUGAAUACAACAUCCAUCAAGGCGACAUCUCGAUGCCGACACAAGCACAUUCCAAAGUCCCUGCCACGCGACUGAGCAACGGUCUCAUCGACAUCUGGGAGCACGCUGCGCUUCUAUACCAUGGGUACGAGUGGCAAGGAGCCGCCUCUGCCUUCAGAUUUCUCGCGCAGCAAGUCGAGGCCCAUGACCUCAAACAGCUCUGCUCGAUCAAUAUUAGCCUGAUACAGGCUCGUAUGGGCGAGUACCGAGCGGCUCGCGAUACACUGCUUGAAGGUUCGACCACCCGCAUCUCGCUGGCUCUGACACCGUAUAUUCUCGGCCUGAUCGAGUGGGAGCUGGGUCACGCCAUACAAGCAGAGUCAUGUCUGAACGCCUCCCUGGAGUUGUUGCUUCGGCAUGGUUCAGAGGAUCUGAAUUCCCGUGGCAUGGCAUUUGUCCUACGAGCUGAGGAUGUUCGCAUGCAUUUGACGAUGCUGCGCGAAAGCCGACUGAGAACUGCGAUGGGUGAAGUCAUGCCGGUCCUUGCUAUGCGACUGACUGCAGAAUGUAUCUUUGAGGCCCCGGCAAGAUCAAGCCAUCCUCACGAUGCCCAAGCGUGGUAUGAGCGUGAUGGCCCAGAAUUUCACGGCCGGCCAAGCAGCGGCGAGCUGCUGCAGCCGACAGUGUAUGUGCCACCGGACACUAGAGCAACGGACAGCCGUCAGAAAGCAGUGGACAGCUUUACCGCGUCGGACGGUCAAGAGCGAUCAUUACCUACGCCAUACUCUCCGCCAGCCCGGGUGCCACAGAGGCCACGCACAAGGCCAACGCGCGUCGUGUCGAGCCUGUACAGCAACGAUGACGAUGAAGCCGAGAUGCAGGCCAGAGUGUCGGGUAUCAUCUCUGCAGCCGGCAGCAGUGCUCCACGAUCAGCGCUUGCAAGGCAGCUAGGUGCAGUACCUCCAAGCCCUGCGACGUCUAAUGAACCUCUUCGUGCCAUUGUAGACGAAGUAGACCGAGCUUUCUCACCCAGCCCUGCACCGUCGCUACGAUUAAGUGGUAGCGCCAGACCUAGACCGAGGCCAAGAUCGUCCAUCAUGUCAACGAAGUCUAUGGCUUCGCAGAACGCACUUCCUGGUCCGCGGCCGAAAUAUGUGCCUCUCAUGGAGGCCGCGAAAGCUAGAGGGAUGUACCAGACAGCGCCAAUCGGCUUGACGAACAUGAUUGUGAUCUCACCACAAGCUUCGACGGACAUUCGUCGGGGUUUGUCGAGCCAGCCAAGCCUGAAGCAAUGGCCAUCGAUGCAGUCAACCCAGGUGUCAUCCACGAAACGUACUGGCAGCACUGCCGAGCGGUCGCCAUACGUGACGUUGACAUCUGCGGCUCGUCAAAGUGAAGCCCAAUCGACCGCAUCGUCGAGUUCGCUCAGGCAAUCAAGCACAGGCCGGGUAACCAACGAUAGCGGGCGAAAGUUCAUAGCGAACCCCGGUCUACAAAGAGACACUGCCCACGACUCUAAGCUGCCAGCUCAUCCACGCAUUGGUCGAUGGACAGAGGAUGGACAGCUUGAAGACGACUGGUUGGACAAGAUCUCCCGCAAGAUCGCAGGCCCUUCCGCCCAACCAAAGCCUCGGCGGGAGAGCAAGAAGCGAGCAAGCAAGGACUCAGGCAGCACCUCUAGUUCAAGACAUGGCUUCUCACCCAUCUUCUCGCGCUUUCAAGGCCAGUCUAAGUCCACGUCGACGUCCAUAACGAUCUCACCACCGGAACACGAGAAGCCACCCGUCUUCUCUUCUCUGCCUCUGGAUUCACGUCAAGCGGGUAUACGGAUCCCUCGUGACCCAAGAGGUCAGCAGGAGGAUCUACGUCUCCUAGCACAGUUCUGUCGAGAAUAUGACGGGACCCCGUUUCCUGAGCUCUCUCGACGAAUGCUUGUGCGGAACAAUGCCUUGGACGAUAUGGCCCACUUCGACUCCGAUGAUGAUGAGCCGGAGCCGACUACUACGGAUAUCGAGCUAGCGAUCUUCCUUCGGAAUGCUGCGAGGGAUAGACUAUGUCUAGACGAGAAGGGAAACUUCAAUUACAGGCAUGCGAGGGAAGAUAUGCUCAUCGGAGCCCCUGACCCGUUCCUCAAUGGCCUCACCUUACGGAAGGCAAAGAAGGGGAAUUCUGCUCCCAAGGAUCUGGAGAACGUGAAGGGUAAAACUGUCGACCCUGCACCGCAUCAAGAUCGACAUCAACAUCAUGAUUCUGAACUCUUGCUGCCAACGUCGUACAACCCUUCACGCUCUUUACCUCCGGCUGGUAAUUACGGGACAUACAACCCCUUCACCUCCUCCUCCUCCUCCUCCUCCCCCCCACCUACGCCCUCGACGACGUCAACUCGCCGCUCAAUCCAAAUAGCGCCUCCACCCCAUCGCUCCAUCCAAAUGAUCCCUGUCCCACCCACGCCUCGUAAAACAGGAGCCUGGGACCACCUCCACACCGCCGCUUCCUCCUCCUCUUCCCUCUUCGCCGGCUCGACCAACUCCAUCGAUACUAUCGAGCGCAGACGCCGAGCCACAGACGCCGCGCUCCGGAUGCUAGAGGGUCGGUGCCGGGUCCGGAGGGAUGGAAAGGGUGAUGUUACUGGGAGGGAGACCGUGAGAAGUGGGCGGGAGGAGGUUGGCGAUCAGCCGAAGUGUUUGAGACUGGGAGGGGAGGGAAAGGGGAAGAGGCUCACGGGCGGCACGGCUGGGUACGGUCGUGCGGUGGCUGAGAGGGACAGGAGGCAGGGAGUGCAGCGCCAAGAGCAGAUGGAGCAGCAGUCUCUACAGCAGCAGGCCCAACACCGGCAGGCCGAACACCAGCAGAAGCAUCAGCAGCAGGCUCACCAACAUCAGCAGGAGGCCCAGCGAGAGCAAACUCUGCUCCGACCACCGCCGCGUCCACAACCGCAGCAGGAUAGUAGUUCGGAAGGCGGGAGUAUCACCGACUCCUUGACUCCAGCACCACUUCGAAUCGCAUCGAGCAAGGUCUUCGGGCUGGGUGGCUGGGAUGGCAAGAGGAAACCCUAG